CGUUUGUUCUCUCGGCUAAUUUCUCCAUUCAAUUCUUUUUUUUUUUCCCUUCAAUUUUUUCUGGUGUUUCUUGGUUUAUAUAUUUACUUUCUAAGUUGAGGAGUUCUCUCUCGUUCGAAUCCUAGAGCUGUACAGUUGAAGCUAAGGGAAAUUAAUUGUUUAAUAAAGAAAAAUUAGAGACGGAAAACAUGAAUCACUGUGCAAUUCAACAGAAGGUGAGCGCAGCACGCGAAGACAAAUGGAGCUCCGUUUCUGUUUCGGAUCUGAGAGAAACCGUCAUCUGCCCCAAACCACGUCGUUUGGGUGUUCUAAACGCAGCCAUCAACGACCACCCUCAUCCUGUCAGGUCUCUCAGAUGGCAACUCAGCCAUCAAGCAGAGAUGUGUGAUUCGAAAGCAGGGAGUGAUCUUUUGGAUAUCAUCCUCACAAAGGGUGGUCAUGGAUCUUAUGGUGCGGAACAAUCUUGCACACAUGUAGCCUCGUCGCCCCCUUUUUUAUGUGGGUCGCCGCCGAGCAGAGUAGCUAACCCGUUAACACAGGAUGCUCGAUUUGGGGAUGAUAAAAUUCCCCCUUUGUCACAGCUGUCACCAAUUCCGCCUCCUGUUGGUAUAUUAUCAUCUCCUUCCCCGUCUGCAAGGAAAGGAGGUUGCCAUCGGGCAAAUUUUGGUAACAAACCAGCAGUGAGAAUCGAGGGGUUCGAUUGCCUGGACAGGGAUCGUCGAAAUUGCAGCAUCCCUGCCCUGGCUUAGAACUCAAUUCAAUCCACAGAAGAGUACAUACAUUUAGAAGAGCUGAGGGAAAAAAAAGACUGUAAACCAGGACGAAGGUUUGAUAUCAUGAGAAGAAUUUUGAAGUUCUUAGAGAGGCAAAAAAGGGAUCCUUUGUUUAAUGUGAAUAUGUUUCCAAGGGUUCUUUGUACGUAGUUAUGUUGUCUUGUAAGUAAAUGAAGAGUUGUUUCAGGA